AUGUUCUCAACCAUGACAAACACCAUAAACAUGUCGUCUCUAUCGCCUGUUGUCACGACCUCCUUUCUUUUGGGCAACCUUCACUGCCCAACUUGCGUCACCCGGAUCCGCUCUCUAUUACACGAUACAUUCGGCGGCUGCGUACUAUGGGUUUCUCCUAAUCUCGUCACUUCUGUCGUCACAAUUGAGCACAAAGACAGUUCCUUUGCCUCUGUUGAUAGCAUGCAAAGAGUCCUUCAGGAAGCCGGCUUUGAUGUGUGCGGCAUCAACACCACUGCAAACUCUGCAAAUGAUCUCCACCACAUUUCGCAAGUGGAUGGGGAAAGCAGCCACGUUGCAGAACACUCUGAUGGCUGGCUAGAUUCAUUCUUUCAGUUCUGGCGCCCACAAGUUUCACAGCUUGCACUCGAAAGGGCUCGUGAAGCUCACCUCGAGAACUGCGAGGCAUGCAGGCUCGAGAGACAUACGCAGCAGUCUUUCCCAUCAGAUAAUAAGCGACAGCUGGUGAGGAUUUCUUCAAGCGUAUCUGAUACUCCUAUGAGACGUGGUUCUGCACCUUAUCCCUUACAAAGUGUUGUCACUGACACAGCUCCCGAUCCGUCGUCCAGAGUAACACUUUCUAUUGGCGGCAUGACUUGUGCUGUUUGUGUCAAUACAAUCACACAGGAGAUUGAAAAAUAUCCCUGGGUCACAAAGAUUUCUGUCAACCUUGUAUCAAACAGCGCAGCAAUCGAAUAUACCGGCGGGGACCGGGCUCAAGAGGUCGUAAAUGCCAUCGAAGAUCUAGGAUACGAAGCUGCAAUCGACCAGGUUGUCAACCUGCAAGAUACUAAAGCAUCAGUCGAUGAGCGUGAGGUCGAGGUCCGCGUUGAUGGUAUAUUCUGCUCGAGAUGCCCACCACGAAUCGUCACAACACUCAAAAGUCUUGCCCCGGACCGGCUUCAAAUCCUAAAAGAGCCAACCGUUCAAAAUCCCAUUUUAAGAAUUCGAUAUACCCCUAAUGCUCCUGCUUUCACCAUCAGACAAAUUUUGCGUGCCAUUGAAGCAGCUGAUGGGUCUCUUAAAGCAUCUAUCUAUCACCCUCCAACACUCGAAGAGCGAUCUCGAGUUAUCAGAGCCAAGCACCAAAGAGCGCUGUUGUGCCGCGAGAUCCUUACACUUAUCUUUGCUGUACCCACCUUCGUCCUCGGAAUAGUAUACAUGAGCUUACUUCCCGAUUCGAACCACGGAAAGAUGUACCUUAUGAAACCCUGGGUCUCUGGGCUGAGCCGCCUCGACAUUGCACUUUUUAUCCUCGCUACUCCGGUCUACUUCUUUGCUGCUGAUGUGUUUCAUAUCAGAGCAAUCAAAGAAGUACGAACAAUGUGGCGUUCGGAAAGCCGCAUGCCCGUUAUGCAACGUUUCUACCGAUUUGGCAGCAUGAAUAUGCUUGUUUCGUUGGGUACCAGCAUCGCCUACAUAUCAUCGGUCGCACAGAUGAUUACCGCGGCUGCAUCUAGCCGCAAUCAUCAUGGAUCUGGAGCCGAAAUGUACUUUGAUUCUGUUGUCUUUUUGACGCUGUUCCUGCUCGCAGGCAGGCUCAUCGAGGCAUACAGCAAGUCCAAAACCGGUGAUGCGAUUGAGAUGUUGGGCAAGCUUCGGCCAACAACAGCCCUACUUCUCGAGAAGGAUUCUUCUAGGAACCAAGUAACUAGUACUAUUCCUGUCGAUCAACUCGACUCUGGAGAUCUGGUUCGCGUGCCUCACGGUGCGUCUCCAGCUGCUGAUGGUAUUGUCGUCAGUGGGGAAACUAACUUUGAUGAGUCGAGUCUCACUGGCGAGUCACGUCCUAUCAAGAAAGAGGAAGCAGACAAAGUUUUUGCUGGUACUAUCAACAAAGGAGCGGCGAUUGUUAUGCGUGUCACUGGUACCUCUGGGAAGUCAAUGCUCGAUCAAAUCGUUCAGAUCGUUCGAGAGGGACAGACAAAACGAGCCCCCAUCGAACAAAUUGCUGACCUAUUGACUACGUAUUUCGUGCCUGUUAUCACUCUCAUUGCUGUUCUUACCUGGAUUGUCUGGAUGGUGGUUGGCUUUGUCGGAGGUAUCCCUGAUCACGAAGCAACUUCUUCUGGUGGCUCAGUUGUCUUUGCUCUUCAGUUUGCUAUUGCUGUUUUCGUUGUCGCAUGCCCUUGUGGCCUUGCCCUGGCAGCACCCACGGCCAUCUUUGUCGGAGGUGGUAUCGCGGCUAAUCACGGUAUUCUUGCCAAAGGUGGUGGUGAGGCGUUUGAGAAGGCGAGCAACAUUGAUUGCGUCGUGUUUGAUAAAACGGGUACUCUCACCGAGGGAGGAGAGCCGCAGGUUACCGACUCCAUCAUCUUUCCGGACACGCCAUCUAAUGAUGAGGAGCGUCAAACGCUUCUUUCUGCGCUCAAAGCUGUGGAGGAGAGCAGCAGCCAUCCUAUAGCCAAGGCGAUUGUUUCAUUUUGUGGUGAUGCCCCGGCCGGCAACAUUACCAACCUUGAAGAGUUGGCCGGGAGAGGCAUGAAAGCCUCAUUCAACGGUGUCGAUGGCCAAACUGACAUGGCCAUUGGCAACGAAUUGCUUAUGCGAGACUUUUCUGUCACUAUCUCGCCUCACGUCUGUUCACUUCUCGACACCUGGAAAUCCGAGGCCAAGUCUGUCGCUUUGGUCGCCACAAGGCCAUCAACGGCUGAAGCCUGGACAUUGGUAGCGGCACUUUCCAUCUCAGAUCCCAUCCGCCGCGAAACCGCGCCCGUGAUCAAAGCAUUGAUCUCACGAGGUAUACAAGUUUGGAUGCUGUCUGGUGACAACGUUACGACAGCCCGCGCGGUGGCGCAGCGCGUAGGCAUUCCCUCGUCUAAUGUUCUAGCAGAGGUUCUCCCUUCAGAUAAAGCAGCCAAAAUCUCAUCACUCCAAGCCUCUCUCCACGCAAGCGGGUCGACGUCCAAACGCGCAACUGUCGCCAUGGUCGGCGACGGAAUCAACGACUCCCCCGCGCUCACCACUGCCGAUGUAGGCAUCGCCAUAGGAACAGGAAGCGACGUGGCCAUUAGUAGCGCAGCCUUUGUCCUCGCAACAUCGCAGCUGACAGCUGUCGUCACGCUCCUGGAUCUCAGCCGUGCCGUGUUUCGUCGCAUUCGCAUCAACUUUGCUUGGGCCCUUGUGUACAAUAUGCUGGCUGUGCCUGUUGCGGCUGGAUGUUUCUAUCCCGUGGUAACUUCCGGCGGGGAACAUGUUAAGCUAGAUCCUGUGUGGGCAGCUCUUGCGAUGGCUCUGUCAAGCAUCAGUGUGGUAUUGAGUAGCCUGAGCCUACGGUGUCGGAUUCCUGUUGUCGGGUUUCGGCACCGUGAUAUCGAAGUCGACGAGGAGUGA